AUGCGCGACAUUUCGCCGGUACUUUGGGCGAUCAAGGACACGCCGAUUGCGAUGCCCGGCGUCGCGACGAACACGAACGUCACGAUUGAGAGCGUCGGCGACGUCGUAUCGAUUCUACCGACCAAAACGAAGCCCAAGAAGUUGGUCUUUUAUGGGUCAGAUGGUAAAACUUAUACCUACUUGUUUAAGGGCCUCGAAGAUUUACAUUUGGACGAAAGAAUAAUGCAAUUUCUGAGCAUCGCCAACACGAUGAUGGCUCAGAACGCCGAUCCGGCCGGUGAAAACCUCUACAGGGCCCGACACUAUUCCGUAAUACCUUUGGGUCCGAGAUCUGGAUUGAUAUCGUGGGUGGACGGGACAACGCCAGUUUUUGCGCUCUAUAAGCGCUGGCAACAGCGCGAAUUGGCCAAACCCAACGCUAAAGGAUCCACUACAGUUCCUCGGCCUUCUGAGCUCUUUUACAACAAACUCGUUGAGCAUGGAGUGAGCAACAUUGACAACCGUAAAGAGUGGCCUCUGGCGGUGCUUAAAGAAGUUCUGACGGAACUCACAAACGAAACGCCCAGCGAUUUGAUCGCCAAAGAGUUGUGGUGCAACGCUGUUUCGGCCAACGCAUGGUGGCAAGUGGUCAAACGAUACUCGUACAGUGUUGCCGUCAUGAGUAUUAUUGGAAUUUUUAGUACAAUUUUUUAA